CCGGCGCUGAGGGAGCCACCGCCUCCUCCUCCUCCUCCUCCUGCCGUCACGGCGCGGAGAGCGGCCAGACGGGCGGGAGCCGCUGCGGGGAACCGCCUGCCGCCCCUUUCCUUUCCCCCCGCCCCCGGGGCGCUAUGAGCCAUGAAGCCGCCCGGCAGCCUGUCCCUGCGGCAGCCCCGCUGCGGCCGCCCCGCGCGUCCGCCGCCGCCUCUGCCGCUGCCGCCGCCGCUGCUGCUGCUGCUGCUGGUGCUGCUCGGCCCCGCCUGCGCCGCUGCGGCGGCCCGCGACCAGCAUUGGAAUGAAACGGCAGGCAGUAUAGAGGGAGUACUAGCAGAUGAAGAGAAUGCAUUUCAACAGAAUAAAAGCAGUAAUAGUAAAAAUGAGAGCUACAGCAGUGCAAUCCAGAAAGAAAUCACGCUGCCUUCAAGACUAAUCUAUUACAUCAACAGAGAUUCUGAGACCCCUUACCAUAUCCUGGAUACUAGGGCAAGGCACCAGGAGAAACAUGACAAGGCUGUACAUCUGGCUCAGGCAAGUUUCCAGAUUGAGGCCUUUGGCUCCAAAUUCAUCCUUGACCUCACACUGAAUAAUGACUUGUUAUCUUCGAAUUAUGUGGAGAUUCACUAUGAAGAUGGAAAACCAAAGUAUUCUAAGGGUGGAGAGCAUUGUUACUACCAUGGAAAUAUCAGAGGUGUCAAGGAUUCCAAAGUUGCUCUUUCGACUUGUAAUGGACUUCAUGGCAUGUUUGAAGAUAGUACUUAUUUGUACUUGAUAGAACCGAUGGAUCUGAUCCACGCUGAAGAAAGUAAAAGUAGGCCACAUAUCAUCCAAAGAACUUACGGAACACAAGCCUCCAAGCAGUUGCAGGACCUUGAGAUUGAAUCUAGUUCUGAAUGGCCGUUUCUGUCUGAACUGCAGUGGCUGAGGAGAAGGAGAAGAAAGAGAGCAGUAUCUCGUGGUGUCUUUGAAGAAAUGAAAUAUCUGGAACUCAUGAUAGUCAAUGACCAUAAAAUGUUCAAAAAGCACCGUUCUUCAAAUGCAUAUACAAACAAUUUUGCAAAGUCUGUCGUAAACCUUGUUGAUGCUAUAUACAAGGAACAGCUGAACACCAGGGUGGUUCUUGUUGCUGUGGAGACUUGGACAGACAGAGAUCGUAUUAAUAUUCACCCUGACCCUCUGCAGAUGCUUCAUGAUUUCUCCAAAUAUCGACAGCACUACAUCAAACAGCAUGCUGAUGCUGUGCACCUGCUCUCGAAUGUGACAUUUCAUUACAAACGGAGCAGCUUGAGUUACUUCGGAGGGGUUUGCUCUGUGACCAGAGGAGUAGGAGUGAACGAGUAUGGCCUCCCUUUGGCCAUGGCACAGGAACUAGCACAAAGUCUUGCUCAGAACCUUGGAAUACAAUGGGAGCCAGCUGCCAGGAAACCGAAGUGUGACUGCACUGAAUCCUGGGGUGGUUGCAUCAUGGAGGAAACAGGGGUAUACCAUUCCAGGAAAUUCUCCAAAUGCAGCAUUGCAGAAUACAGAGAAUUUUUACUCCGUGGGGGAGGUGCCUGCCUUUUCAACAGGCCAACAAAGCUCUUUGAAACUACUGAGUGUGGAAAUGGAUAUGUAGAAGCAGGAGAAGAAUGUGAUUGCGGUUUCCGAAUGGAAUGCUAUCCAGACUGUUGUAAGAAGUGCUCUCUUUCUAAUGGAGCUCAUUGUAGUGAUGGACCCUGCUGUAAUACAUCAUGCCUUUUUUUCCCACGAGGGUAUGACUGUCGAUAUGCAGUGAAUGAGUGUGAUAUUGCAGAGAUCUGCACUGGAGAUUCUGGCCAGUGUCCACCAAACCUUCAUAAACAAGAUGGGUAUGCCUGUGAUUCUAAUCAGGGUCGUUGCUAUAACGGUGAAUGCAAGACAAGAGAUAAUCAGUGCAAAUAUAUCUGGGGAUCUAAGUCUUCAGGAUCUGACAAAUUUUGUUACGAAAAACUUAAUACAGAAGGCACGAAAAAAGGAAACUGUGGAAAAGAUGGAGACCGCUGGAUUCAGUGUAGCAAACAUGAUGUUUUCUGUGGCUUUUUGCUCUGUACUAAUCUUACUAAAGUUCCACGAGUUGGUCAAGUUCAAGGAGAAAUUACACCAAAUUCUUUUUAUCAUCAAGGACGAAUAGUGGACUGCAGUGGUGCUCAUGUUCUUUUAGAUGAUGAUACAGAUCUGGGUUAUGUGGAAGAUGGAGCUCCAUGUGGACCUCAAAUGAUGUGUCUGGACAAAAAGUGCCUGCCAAUUCAAUCCUUGAACAUAAGCAGCUGUCCCAUUGGUUCUAAUGGGAAAGUCUGUUCUGGUCAUGGGGUUUGUAGUAAUGAAGCCACUUGCAUUUGUAAUUUCUCCUGGGCUGGGACAGACUGCAGUAUUGACGAUCCUAUCAGGGAUACUGGUAGCAAGAAGGAUGAAGGACCCAAGGGUCCUAGUGCCACCAAUCUUAUAAUAGGCUCCAUCGCUGGUGCCAUCCUGGUAGCAGCUAUUGUCCUUGGGGGGACAGGAUGGGGCUUUAAGUUAUCAGAUGUUCAUAUGAACAUACGGUACUGUGGUGUCAAGUCCAUAUCAAACAAACGUCAAAAAACGAAGGUUCGAUCCAAGUCAGCAAGGCCCUAUCUGAAGAAAUGUGCUUCAAACCACUUCUUGCACUACUGGAUUUUGGGUAUGAUGUCUUUGCUGUAAGGAACUAAAUCAGUAAGGAAGAAUAUGAGAAACAGUAACUAUAAACACAAUGUUGGGACAUUAGGAUUUGAGGUGGUAGAAGACUCUCCUUUUUGGAGAUAGUUCAAAAUACUUCCUCCAUUCACCUUUCUCUUCUUAAAAUUAACUGACAAGUGCUACAAGCAAACUGUUUCAAAAUCAAGUGGUUUUUUUCUUUCCUCAACAAAGGAGGAGACACACAGACCAAGUGCAAUAAGAGAACUGUUCCAAAAUAACAAAAUAGGAGAAGAUUUUUUUUCCCAGCCUGCUGGUUCUCUAACUUCACUUGAGUUCGCAUGACUUCCUUUUUCUUAUCAAACUCCAGUGGCAUGAGGAGCUAAUUUUGAAAGGGUAACCUGCAUGGCUCACAUACAAACAAACAACCAAGCAAGCAAGCUGACCCCAAGCAGAAUCUGCAGCCCAGUAAACACAAACCACUGGGAAGCUAAUACCAGGCUCUAAUAGCUUUUCCAGCCGCUGGACUUUAGAGUUCUCUGCUCUGCGAGCUCGCUGUCCACCUUGUUUUGGUCUUCUAGGCCAGGAGUCUGUUGGGUAUGGAAGCCAUCAAGUGAUGGGUGUAAUUCUUCCAAGAAGGAAAAAGUGUAAAUAUGGAAAUAAGAUUUUGACGUAUCAUUUUCACAGAUUAUAUAUAAAUAUAUAUAUAUGAGAGAAAAGGAUUUCCAUAUAAAAAGGUUCUAUUCUUUAUGUAAAUCUAUUUUUGAUGUUGGGUUUGAUUUUGGUUUUCUUUGCUCCCUUUUUUUCUGUAGCAUGUUUUACAGCGGAUGUUCUGGGCUUGCUUAAAAAAGGCAGGAAAUAGCAUGCAGAUGCAGGGAGUCCUGACACCAAACAGAUGUGAUCUAAAGUUUGUAUGCUUGAAACCAAAAACAAUUAAAAUGUAUAAAUGCAUAUCCAUGUAUUGACUAUAAGUCUGGAUUACUUUUUUUGGGCUGUUAUACAGAUUUUCCAUAAUACAAUGUAAGAUAAGUGACACCUUCUCAAACUGAUCACAGAAGUGCCAAGCUUUUAUUGUUUUGGGUUUUUUUAAACUACAGUUACUUUUUUUUGUGUCUAGAUCCUGUGAAAUAAAAACUUAAAUAAGCCUUAAAAUACUCAAAAAAAUGUUAAAAGCUUGGAAUGAUUUGUUAUUCUCUUGCCUUCUGCCCACCCACCGAAACUGGCUUGCAAAGUUGACUCUCAUUUCUAACCCACUCCCUGUAUCACUUUGAGAUGCAUCUCACUUUUCAAAGUAUAAUGCAAAAUUAAUUUACUAUCGCCUUUGGCUACGGGUGGCUGGUUACUUUCACAGUGUGUGAAAUCCCUUGUAGUUUGAGGGGAUUUUGUGCUGUGAUCGCUAUUGGAUACACCUAGUGUACAAACAGAUUUUUGCCAAGAAGUGAUGGGCCACCAGUAUUGUUCCCAGUAACGGGGCUAGCCUGGCUGCAUCUGACCUGAGAAAGGUAAGAAGGUGUCUUUUCAUCUUGAUUUAAAACUUUGAGUAAUUCAGUUCACGUAAGUGGAGUGACCUGAAAAUAUCAUUGCUGCAUCUUGAGAAUCAGAAUUAAAAACUUCUGUAAAUUUUGGAUUUAAUCUAAAGGUUGGAUACCAGUAAUGAUGAGAGUCCAGUUACACUAGUUAACUCCAUCCCUGUUCAGCGGAAUCCAUUUCCCAAGUUAGCUUUAAGAGCCAGAACAGUAAGGAAAUGCUGCAGAUUUCCUGUGACUUACAAAAUCUCAUUUUGAUUUUAUUCCUUAUAAUGGAAGGCUUACAAGAGAACUACAAUGUAUCAUUUUGGUUGACAGUUAGUAUUAGAUGUUUUUAAACAGCUUUAACCUAAUUACACUAACACUACAUUACGAGUUAAACGUGCUGCACAGAGGUUGCCAACAUUCAUCUCUAUUAUAGGUCAAGUUCUGAAAAAUUCCUGCCUGGAUUCAAGCAGAAUGAAGUUAGUGACAAUAUUUUUAUGGCAGACCAAAAACACAUGCUACUGUAUUAUCGUCCUGGAGAAGCACUUUGCUUGGGAACAUAAUCCCCCAACU